AUGACCGUGACCAGCAGGGCUCUUGACUUGCCUGCUCUGGUGGCGAAAGCCGGGGUGUCCGACUUGUGUGCUCGGUACUUGACGGAGCGCGGCCUUCGCAGUAUCGGGGCCAUUGCACUGAUCGCCUCUGAUCAAGCAGCCUUUGUGCAGGCGAUUGUGGACCCACUCUCCUCUGGGUGGCAGGGGGCUUCCGAGACUUUCCGCCUGACGGCGGAGGAGUGGCCCAUCGGGAAGGCUACGCUUCUGUACUUAGAGCUUUGGUCAAGGGGAAUGGAAGCUGGUGGCUCGAUACAAUCAGCAGCAGAUAGGAGGGCGCGACAGAGCCUCCCUGAGGCCCUGCUUUUGGGGGCAGAGGCCAUAGUGACACCUGAGGGAGAAUUCCAGGCUGAGGCUGCCGAGGAUGCGUGGGACCCCAGAUCCAUGCUCUCCAUCUUGGAUGGACUGCAAAGCAUCAGGUACCUGUUCGUGCUCUUGCAGAUGGGCGACGAGCAGGAUGUGCAUGCUUUCUUCGACGUCCUGGAACGCAAAGCCCGCGGCCGCGACGAAAUCAUCGGCCACACGAUCCUGUGGCAGGAGACCAUGGCCAAGGAUUUGCACGAGCCGGACAAGCCGGGGAAAGAAGAGGCCAUGGGAGGCGGAGAAGCAGCAGCGCAAGGGCAAAGGCGGCAAAGGCGGCGGAAAGGGCCCUCGGGCAUCCGGGGAAGCGACAUCAACUACUUCAAUGCAAAACUCAAACCGCAGGCCGUGCUCGCGGACGCGGCCGAUUUUGGGCUCGUCUCCAGGCCCAGACUGUGGUGGACCCGAGUGGAUUGGUCCAAAUGCACGGACUACAAGUGGUCUCGCAGCGGCAAGAUCCACCGCAUACAUGUCGCAGCACUACGCGAUGACUUGCAGAAGCUGGACAUGUGGGGAUACUCCUUUGGAAAGGAGGUCGUGGCAGGCUUGCAGCUCCUGCCAUGUUUUACCACUCCUGCUCCGACCGAAUCCGGUCGGAGCGACCUUUGCGCCGUGCACUACCAAGAGGCCGUGAUGCUGCGAUCGCCCCAAGGAAAGCUGGAGGUGGCGCCCCCGUUCUUGAAGGAGCAGGCUCAUCAUCUGCCGGUGGACUUCACGAAGCACGACCUUUGCAGUGACCGCGAUCGACACCGCUUGUUGGGGAACUCCUGGCACAAGGGCGUGGCAGCCUUUCUUUUCCAGAUCGUGUUGGAGCACGGCAUGUUUGUAGUUCAGGAGCCGGGCGACCAGCCGUCAGACCCGAGCCAGUCCAGCUGCGUCAAAGAAGCCUUUGCAUGUGUCAGAGAGUGGCAUUUUCCGAUCACCAGGGUCAAAACGCCGGUGGGCUCUGGGGUUCCCCACUGGGAUUUCAGCGCGCAGUUGCAGCCUGUUGCACUUCAGCCUUUGCCGCUUGAACCUGGUCUCGAGGUUGUGUUGAACAUUGUUUCCAGUCGCAUGUUGUCUGAGAUCCAGUCUUUAGUAGCGGAGCUGCGCCAGGACACAGACAGCUGGUACGCAAGCGUGCCGCACCACGUGGCCAGGACUCUGCAUCCAGUGGGACAGCCCAGAUUCGAGGUCCUUGCAUUUUUGUCGCUGCUCCGUGAGUGCGGGUAUCCGGAUGUGCCGGCACUGGCAGAGGACUUCCGUACUGGUUUUCCACUCCUAGGGGAGCUCAGGCACACGCCAGGAUGGCGACCCAGGUUGGACGACGCUUAUAGCCGUCCAAUAUCAGUGGAGUCGUUCAGGCAGUUGAACCAACACGGCAGGUUGGACCCACAUUGGCGACACAUGCUAGAAGAGGUGCUUCAGGAAGUCCAGGCAGGCAGGAUGGAGGGCCCGUUCACUGCACCAAAGACCUGGCCCAAGUUGACGGUUGGCGUGGCGUUGCACGGCUUGCCGCUCACUCCGUUGCCGGAAGGAGAAUGCUUCGUUGCUCGGGCUUUUAGUGUUUCGCAGACUGGAGCGGAUGGCAGGCAGAAGAUCAGGCGCUGUGAAGCUUAUCGCCGAUCAUUCCAUAAUUCUACGAUCCAAGUGGGCGACCGCCCAGAACAUGAUGACAUUGAGGUCUACAUCAGCGCCCUGCGGAGGGCGCAUUCUCUGGGCAUGCAGCCAGAGAUUUGGUGCCACGACUUCUCCGAUGCAUACCGGGCGUACCCGGUUCUGGACCCGGCCCACGCAUAUCUGUUGCUUGGACAGAGGCCGGGCCGACGCUAUGGCGCCAUAGAGCGCUUCCAUUCGGCUCCACGGCAUCAGUGUGGCAUUUUAACCGCACAGCGGACGCCAUCUGCUGGCUUUGCAGAUGCUUGCUACUCAUAG